AUGAGACAGUCAAUGCCGCCCGACGGCGGCCCUGUCCACAGCCAAGACGCUCAGAACCAGGCGGACCGCCCAGAAUUCGGCAAGCAUGUCGAAUACACGCAUGACGGCCUCCCGGGCGACGACCCAGGCGGGCUGGCCACGCAGGCUGGUGUGAAACGAAUCGAGGCCGUGAGCAAGGCCUGGACAAAGACGUCGCUCGUCAUCGCCUACGUCUCCCUUCUUCUUAUCGCCAACGCCACUUCUCUCGAGAUCCAGGUCACGGGCGCCUUGCUGCCAUUCGCAACCAGUGCCUUUUCUUCGCAUUCGCUAGUUUCCACCGUCUCGGUGGUCCAGGGCGUCGUAGCCUCUGUCAUCAAGCCCCCGGCAGGUAAAAUCGCCGAUGUCUUUGGGCGCCUCGAGUCCUUUUCUAUUAUUGUUCUUCUAUACACGGUUGGCUAUGUCAUGCAAGCCGCGUCCAACAGUGUCCAAACGUUUGCUGGCGCCCAAAUCUUUUGGUCUAUCGGCUACAAUGGACUCCAGGUCUUGCAGCAGAUCUUCGUCGCAGACACUACCGACUUGCUGAAUCGUGCCCUGUUCUCAACCUUGUUCGAUCUGCCCUUUCUGUGGACGACUUGGGCUGGGCCAGAGGUCGGGCAGGCCAUUCUCAAUAAUACCAUCUGGCGAUGGGGAUAUGGCAUCUGGGCUAUCAUUCUGCCCGUUUGUUUCGUCCCCUUGGCAGCCAGCCUGUUCAUGAAUCAGCGGCGAGCGAAGAAGUUGGGCUUCGAUGUCCCGAGUCCGUUUCGAGGAAGCAGCGCCUUCCAAGUUGCGAAGAAUAUCUGGUUCGAUCUUGACGCUGGUGGACUGCUGCUGUUCGCUGCUGCCAUCUCAUUGAUCCUGCUACCGCUUACCCUGGCUCCAAAUGCUGACGGCCAGUGGAGCAACCCCAGCAUGAUUGCUAUGCUGGUCGUCGGCGGGGUGUUUUUACUCCUCUUCCCGUUAUGGGAGACAAGCAAGAAACUAGCCCCAGUGGCCUUCUUCCCUCCAGCUCUGUUCCAAGAGCGAACCAUCAUCGCGGGUGUCUUGAUAGCCUUCUUCUACUUCAUGGCAUUCUACAUGUCAGUAUUUCCCUACUUCAACUCGUAUCUUCAGGUCGUCCAAGGUCAGUCUCUCACUGCUGCCGGCUAUAUCACACGAGUCUUCAGCUUCAGUUCGACCGUGUCGUCGGUCGCAGUCUCGCUCUUGAUCAAGUACACGGCGCACUACAAGUACUACGUUUCCUGCGGUGCGGCUGUUUACCUCCUUGGAAUGGGCCUGAUGCUGGCGUAUCGCACGCAAGACGCGUCUACAGCCACGCUCGUGGGCAUUCAAAUCGUCAUCGGUAUCGGCGGUGGUUUUCUCAACGUACCAGUGCAGCUCGGCGUCCAAGCAUCGGCUUCACAUCAGCAAGUCGCAGCUGCAACGACGGUGUGGCUUACGCUCCUCGAAGUUGGUGGUGCAGUUGGAUCAGCAAUCUCGGGCGCUAUCUGGUCGACGUACAUUCCAUCAAAGCUUCAGCAGUACCUCCCAGAAGCAAACGCCGCAGACUGGGCGACGAUCUACGGCAGUCUCACAGUGGCAGCAGACUAUACCAAGUACCCAGCUGGCUGA